GGCUGCAUUUAUGCUCUGCAGGAACAGAACCCAGAGGAACCAGGAUAUGGAGAUGGAUUCCGCACUGCCUGCUGGCAAUCAGACUGUGCUGAUCUCUGUACCUGGACCCUUUGUCUUGCUAGGGGUGCCGGGACUGGAAGCCUUGCACACUUGGAUUUCUGUGCCUGUCUGCCUACUGUAUAUGGCAGCUUUGGCAGGGAAUGCCCUUCUACUCUGGCUGGUGGCAACUGACAAGGCACUUCAGGCACCCAUGUACCAGCUACUGGGACUUCUGGCAAUCACAGACUUGAUUCUGGCCACAUCCACAGUGCCCAAAGCUCUGGCUGUGCUCUGGGGCUUAUCCAGUGAGAUCCCCUUUGGGGCCUGUCUAGCUCAGCUCUUUGUCGCCCACGUGGCCUUCAUCGCUGAGUCCUCAGUGCUGCUGGCCAUGGCCGUGGACCGCUAUGUGGCCAUUUGCCAGCCUUUGCGCUAUGGGGCAUUGCUGACCCAGCGUGUAGUAGGUAUAGUGGCUGUAGCUGCUGUGACUCGUGGUGUCUGCGUAAUGGCACCCCCUGUGGUCUUGCUACAGAGACUACGUUACUGUGGGCGGCGGGUGCUGCCCCACACCUACUGUGAGCAUAUGGGUGUGGCCCGGCUGGCAUGUGGAGACACACGUCCCAACAUCUGGUAUGGAUUGGCUACCACGUUGCUGUCCCCAGCUCUGGACCUAGGGCUCAUAGGUGCUUCCUACAUCCUCAUCCUGAGAGCUGUCUGCCGCCUGCCAUCCCACGGUGCCCGCCGCAAGACCCUGGGAACCUGUGGGGCCCAUGCCAGUGUCAUCGUUCUCUUCUACACACCUGCCCUCUUCUCCUUCCUGGCUCAUCGUUUUGGCCAGCACACAGUGCCCCGCCAUAUCCACAUCCUACUGGCUAACCUCUAUGUGGUGGUUCCCCCAGCUCUUAACCCUGUGGUCUAUGGAGUGCGUACCCAGCAGAUUGCUCAGAGGCUCAGGCACUUGCUUCAACUCUUCAGGGCAGGUGCAGUGAGGAAGGUGGGUCCUGAGGGGUUCUACCCACAGAGAUGAAUGCACUCUUUAUUUCCUCCUACAUGUGCCCUCAGAUAGCCAAGAUCCUUUUGGGCAGAACUCUAACCAAGGCAUUGCCAUCGUCUGUCACUGGGUGGUCCUAUGCUCACCCAAAUUCUAUUCCCAUCAUAUAGGCAGAGAACUAUGAACUCAUUUCUAUUGGCCUGGUUUUACUGCACUAAUUUAUUUACUCUUUUUAACUUUGUAUUGAUUUUCACACAUGGGCCAUACACAUGUAGAAGGAAUUAGACUUGUACUCUGACAGACAAGGAGGUCCAAGACACAGCCCGAGGACCGGGAUCAUGUCUUUUCCCAACACUCUACCAGAUAGAGCCAGAUAAUGACGGGUGGCUAUGAGUGGGGCCUUUUGUCCAAUGUCUGACAUACUCAGUAAAAACUCCACGUUUGCUAAAGAAUGAGAGGCAGGGGAAAUUGUGCAAUGUGAAUAAAAUAGAAUGAAACUCUGGACGCUGACAUUGUUUUAUUGUGGGAUUGUCCAUUGCUUGAGAUGGACUUGAGGCAGAUGAUAGAGAAGAGAGAGAGAGUGCUUUAGGGUUCCUAGCACUAAGAACAUGAAACUGUGGCUCAGUGUCCAGGUCUCAAGAACCAAACUCUUCUUUUUCUCCAGUUGAGAGGCCCAAGGAUAUGAGCUUCGACAGCCUCCUAUUGGACAAUGUUGGGAGGUGGCUUUCUUGGAGGAUGCUGGCAUUAAGACUAGGGAAAUUAAGGGAAGCAUUUGAAUAGUGUAGUGGGAUGCAUAAGUUUAGAGUACCUAGCAUAGUGGAGGAGGCAAAUUUCUAGUGGUGAAGGAUGAAAUACAACAGUGCAAUGCAGUAUGGUGUUGCUGAAAUAGUCUGCUUCAAAUGUGUACUUUGGCCCUCAUCCAAGGGCAAACCUAGCUGAGGCUGAACAGGCAGUGUUGCAUUUCCUUUUAGAACCUUUCCUCUCUCAAAGUCCAAGGGAAGGCCAUCCCAAGGCCCCCCUAGGAUGUCUCAGGUCUACCUUAAUCCAUUUGGACGUGAGGCCCAGAAGGGCAAAGGCAGAUCUCGGC